UACCGGCUGUUUGACUCGGAAACAGGCACACAGCAUGUGAAGGAGAAAUGACCGACAGUGACCUCGAAUAAGAUGUUGAAGACCUACCCAUUGUCUUCAUCUCAUCACAACACAUCAGCAUUUAUGUAGAAUUCGGAAAACAACGUUUGUAAAUUUUAGAAACGCCUUCGAGACGUCGAGAAGAAAACGGAGUCGUUAUACGCAUUUAGUCUGUCUUCCGAGCGUUCACAUUUACUGCGUAAAUGAUGGAAAAUGUUAAAACAUCCGAUGACAACGGAACGACGCAUUAUACUAACGGUUUAGUGAACGGAUUUCACAGUCCACCGUCCGGUAACGGGGACUGUAUUUCUUGCGGUUCUAACGGAGGUGGUCUGGGUGGUACUGACAGUGGUUGUAACAGUAGCCAUAAUGGUAUUGAAAAAUCCCACCAUCUUCAUCAGGAUCAUGUACACAACACUGGUUCAACUGCGAAACGCUGCAGAUUCAGAAGACGAGUGGAUUCAGGAAAGAAGAACAGACCGCCUUUUCCAUGGUUUGGGAUGGAUAUUGGAGGAACUCUAGUAAAGCUGGUUUACUUUGAACCCAAGGACAUCACAGCUGAAGAAGAACAGGAGGAAGUCGAGAGCCUGAAGAGUAUUCGUCGCUACCUGACCUCCAACGUGGCCUAUGGCAACACAGGUAUCCGUGAUGUGCACUUGGAGUUGAAGAACCUCACCAUGUGCGGCCGCAAAGGCAACCUGCAUUUCAUCCGCUUCCCAACACAAGACAUGCACCGCUUCAUCCAAAUGGGCCGAGACAAGAACUUCUCCAGCCUGCACACCACACUGUGUGCCACGGGUGGAGGCGCAUACAAAUUUGAGGAAGACUUCAGAACAGUGGCUGGUCUGGAGCUGCAGAAGCUGGAUGAACUGGACUGUCUUAUUCAAGGUCUGCUGUACGUUGACUCCAUCGGGUUCAAUGGGCAUCCUAAUUGUUAUUUUUUCCAAAACCCUUCUGACCCUGAAAACUGUGUCAAGAGGCCAUGUAGCCUGGAGAACCCCUUCCCCAUGUUGCUGGUAAACAUUGGCUCUGGAGUUAGCAUCUUGGCAGUCUAUUCCAAGGACAAUUACAAGCGGGUCACUGGCACCAGUCUAGGAGGUGGUACAUUUCUAGGCCUGUGCUGCUUGCUGACUGGUUGUGAGACAUUUGAGGAGGCCUUAGAGAUGGCAGCUAAAGGAGACAGCACAAACGUGGACAAACUAGUGAAGGACAUUUAUGGUGGCGAUUAUGAACGCUUUGGUCUCCAGGGAUCUGCCGUUGCAUCCAGUUUUUGUCAUAUGAUGAGCAAGGAGAAACGUGACAGUAUAAGUAAAGAGGACCUGGCCAGGGCAACUCUUGUUACCAUCACAAACAACAUUGGCUCCAUUGCUCGCAUGUGUGCAGUGAACGAGAAAAUUGAUAGAGUGGUUUUUGUUGGGAAUUUCCUUCGAAUCAACACAGUAUCCACUAAGCUGCUAGCCUAUGCCAUGGACUUCUGGUCUGACGGACAACUAAAAGCCCUUUUCUUAGAACAUGAAGGUUAUUUUGGAGCUGUUGGUGCCUUCCUUGAGCUACUAAAGAUGACUGAAGACUUCUAAGACACUGAAGAUAUCCCAGCCUUCAAACCAGAAGCUGCUGUAAGAUUUCAGGAAAGCCACAUCCCCUAAUAAGGAAAAGCCAUUAAUAAUGUGACCGAGUUUCCAUUUCCCUUCAAAUCAUCAACACCUUCACCCUUCUAUUGCUGACCCAUGUCCAUGCUCGUGACUAAGAGGAGGUGGCACAGAAACGGAGCACAGUUUUCAGUGUGUGAUGAGCUGCACCUCAUACUAACUGCCUCGCCACCACUGUUAUAAAUCCAGCAUAGUGUCUCCUUUGCCAAGACCUGUGUACUGAUGAUUUGAGGGGAUGAUGAUUAAGGAUACUAAUUAUAAUGUCUGUGUCCUUCCCCACUCCCUAUUUGUUAGCUUUAUGCAAAUAAUCGUAAUGGUAUAGAGGUUAGUUUUAUCUCUAUUUGUGGUACAGUCUGCUAUAUAAAGACGAAAAUGCAUGUUUUGCUACAAACUUCCCCUUCUAAACAAAUUUGGUUGACCUUUUUAAAGGUUUUUGAGCUGCAAAUUGUGUGAUCAGAUUUAUUAAGUAAACACCACAUAUAUAACGAGCCAUUUAUGAAGUACUUUGCUCGCCCUCUUCUAGUCGCAGAAAAGUGUUCAUUAUGUCUGUGUUACAAGUGUUGUUAUUAUUAAGCGUACAGUAAUUUUGGACUCUCAAGUGUAAGUCUGAAUUCAUCAGAAAUCCUUUUCAAAUGCCAACUGAAUUUAAAGGUGAAGUGUGUAAUUUAUGCGCCACUAGUGUCACCAAAUGGAAUAGAAAAAAGAAUGUUUUCAAAAAGGUUUCCUAGAACACUCCCCUUUGAUAUUGGUCGAACAAACAAAUGUUUGGAUGGCGCAACAGAGCCACAGUGUUUACACUAUUCGGGGGUAUAAACCUAUGAAUGGCUUGCCUGUCUACGCGCAUUCAGCUGGGAUAGGACAAAGUAUUUUAACACAGAAUUACAAAAAUGACUCACAUUAGCUUUAAGUAGUUUUUCAUUUUAUUUUUUUAUUUUUUUAUUUUUUUCAUUUUAAAACGUUCAGAACUGGAAAUGACAGGAAGACCUAUUUUAUCUUUGCUGGACCUUGUUUGAUUAGUUGAUUGUUGAUGACAAGAGUAGCUGUGGUUUCUAAUAUAUCUUUACCUCUUGACUGGCAUGUCUAAUGAACAGAGAACUUAUGCACCUGAGCUGAAACUGAUUGUGUUGGGACCAAAUUGUCAGUGUUGACUGGAGAACAGUAUAUAUGUUCAUCAGAUACAGAAUUCUCAUAGUUCACUACAUAAGGUUCUGCUCUGUGAUUUUUGGGUUUAACAAUCCCUAAUGCUGAGAUUUCUCUGACCUGUUACCAAUUCCCCUUAUCCUUUGUAUAUACACUGUAGUAGAUAUUUAGUCGUUUUGUUUUUGAACAUUUGCACAAACCGUAACUGAAUCAUAUUCAUGUCAUGCAAUGAUCUCAAGUUUCAUGCGAGACUGCUAACUAGUCUUUCAAAUGCCUUCAUCCUUCAAACAUUUUCAGCUUAUACAUGGCAUUGUCUAUAACUGAAAAUAUUUUGCCUUAUCACAUUUUUGUCACAUAUCAACAUGAGAGAUCCACUUUAUGCUUAAACAACUUUUUGUAACUCUUUCUUUUAAUACUGGACAGAUAUGGGGUUAAAAUGUACCUCAGUGACAUUAAGUUGGGACUGACUGAAGGCUCCAUAUUCUUGUUCAGAACUAGAGCUGCGCGAAACAAGCGUUCCUAAAAUUGGAAUUAGGAAUUCUAAAAAAGCUACUCCAGUCAACAUAAUCUGUCUAAAUAUGUCAGAUCAGAAAACAAAAGCACUUCCAAGAAAUAAAUGUAUUGCUUUUGAGGACCCUUUGAGCCACAUCAUGUCAGCAAUUACAUAUAUCAUCAUUUGGCCCCAAUACUAUGAAUUCAAAAGAUGUUAAUUCCUUUAUUUUUAACAGCACUGAGAAAGUACGCAGUUCUUCAGUUUGCAAGCUUCAUUGCACUUAGAUUUUGUAGUGUUAUUUUUUGAUCAUUAGGAAUGAAAGCAAGACCAAGAUUCUUAACAGAAGUAAUAUUUCCAGUAGAGGUCGACCGAUAGUGGAUUUUGCAGAUACCAAUAACGAAGGUGGUGGGAAAGGCUGAUAACCAAUUCAUUAGGCCAAUAGUUUUUAAAAUAGAUUUAUAGAAUGUCACAUCGUAUUCUUUUGGUGGGCACAAAAAAAGAGUCCAAAAUGAAUGCAAUUCCAGAUGUGGAUUAUUGUUCAACCAAAAUCCCAAUAAUAAUCAGAAAAAAUUCAGAUUUGAUGCAUAACAUGGGACUUUUAUACAGGUGCAUCUCAAUAAAUUAGAAUGUCGUGGAAAAGUUCAUUUAUUUCAGUAAUUCAACUCAAAUUGUGAAACUCGUGUUUUAAAUAAAUUCAAUGCACACAGACUGAAGUAGUUUAAGUCUUUGGUUCUUUUAAUUGUGAUGAUUUUGGCUGACAUUUAACAAAAACCCACCAAUUCACUAUCUCAAGAAAUUAGAAUACAUCAUAAGACCAAUAAAAAAACAUUUUUAGUGAAUUGUUGGCCUUCUGGAAAGUAUGUUCAUUUACUGUAUAUGUACUCAAUACUUGGUAGGGGCUCCUUUUGCUUUAAUUACUGCCUCAAUUCGGCAUGGCAUGGAGGUGAUCAGUUUGUGGCACUGCUGUGGUGGUAUGGAAGCCCAGGUUUCUUUGACAGUGGCCUUCAGCUCAUCUGCAUUUUUUGGUCUCUUGUUUCUCAUUUUCCUCUUGACAAUACCCUAUAGAUUCUCUAUGGGGUUCAGGUCUGGUGAGUUUGCUGGCCAGUCAAGCACACCAACACCAUGGUCAUUUAACCAACUUUUGGUGGUUUUGGCAGUGUGGGCAGGUGCCAAAUCCUGCUGGAAAAUGAAAUCAGCAUCUUUAAAAAGCUGGUCAGCAGAAGGAAGCAUGAAGUGCUCCAAAAUGUCUUGGUAAACGGGUGCAGUGACUUUGCUUUUCAAAAAACACACUGGACCAACACCAGCAGAUGACAUUGCACCCCAAAUCAUCACAGACUGUGGAAACUUAACACUGGACUUCAAGCAACUUGGGCUAUGAGCUUCUCCACCCUUCCUCCAGACUCUAGGACCUUGGUUUCCAAAUGAAAUACAAAACUUGCUCUCAUCUGAAAAGAGGACUUUGGAACACUGGGCAACAGUCCAGUUCUUCUUCCCCUUAGCCCAGGUAAGACGCCUCUGACGUUGUCUGUGGUUCAGGAGUGCCUUAACAAGAGGAAUACGACAACUGUAGCCAAAUUCCUUGACAUGUCUGUGUGUGGUGGCUCUUGAUGCCUUGACCCCAGCCUCAGUCCAUUCCUUGUGAAGUUCACCCAAAUUCUUGAAUCGAUUUUGCUGGACAAUCAUAAGGCUGCGGUUCUCUCGGUUGGUUGUGCAUCUUUUUCUUCAACACUUUUUCCUUCCACUCAACUUUCUGUUAACAUGCUUGGAUACAGCACUCUGUGAACAGCCAGCUUCUUUGGCAAUGAAUGUUUGUGGCUUACCCUCCUUGUGAAGGGUGUCAAUGAUUGUCUUCUGGACAACUGUCAGAUCAGCAGUCUUCCCCAUGAUUGUGUAGCCUAGUGAACCAAACUGAGAGACCAUUUUGAAGGCUCAGGAAACCUUUGCAGGUGUUUUGAGUUGAUUAGCUGAUUGGCAUGUCAAAAUAUUCUAAUUUUUUGAGAUAGUGAAUUGGUGGGUUUUUGUUAAAUGUGAGCCAAAAUCAUCACAAUUAAAAGAACCAAAGACUUAAACUACUUCAGUCUGUGUGCAUUGAAUUUAUUUAAAACACGAGUUUCACAAUUUGAGUUGAAUUACUGAAAUAAAUGAACUUUUCCACGACAUUCUAAUUUAUUGAGAUGCACCUGUAUAUAAACAAGCCCAAAACACUCCAGGGACACUUAUUUUGAAAAUACGAAACGAUGAAAAAACUAUCAGCAUCUAUUGGCUUAGAUUUUUGCAGAUAACCGAUAGUUCCAAAAAGCAACUGUCUUCACUGAUUAAUCGGUAAAACCGAUAUAUCGGUCUACCUCUAAUUUCCAUGUAGAAUACUAUCAGAAUGCAAUUUUUAUUGGAGGCUUUACUUAUUUUGUGUUGGAAGUAUUAACAGUGAUACUGUAAUGUGCGUACUGAAACUAUUAAGUAUUCACCAGCUACUGUAACUCAACAAUAGACCUGUGCUGACAAUAAAGUGUCUUCUAGAUGCUAUUAAAGGGUUAGUUUAUCCAAAAAGGAAAAUCUCGUUUGACUAACUUUCGUGGAAUACAAAAAAUAGAGGCAGAAUUUUAAUCUCAAUGGUGAUUGAGGUCAACAGUCUGCCUAACUUCUCCUUUUGUUAUCCACAACAGUAAUAAAGUAAUACGCAUUUGGAACAACUUUAGUCCACCUAAAGUUGUUCCAAAUGCGUAUGACUUUAAUUCUGUUGUGGAUAACAAAAGGAGAUAUUAGGCAGACUGUAAAUGAUGACAGAAUUUUCAUUUUUGGUUGAACUACCCCUUUAACAUCUGCAACAGCAAAUUAUGCACAAUGCCUCUAUGUCUUGAUGCCACUUACUGGAUACAAAAAUUGAACAUACACUAGAUGUUGUUUGCCUCUUUCAUCUCUUUGAUUUAUGCGUUACUUCCUCUGCUCAAUCCUUAGAAUUGCCUUAUGCAGUGGGGUGCCAUUUUGACUUUGGGUGUCUAGAUGAUGCACAAUGGCACCCCAACAUCUCUCUGAGCCACAAAAGUACCUUCCAAGUGUAAUGGGGUGCCUUUAACUGAUAGAGACAAGGCUUUAUCUCUGUGUCCUCUUUGUUGUUGCUAAUGCUACAUCCAGAUGCCGCUGUAUCCAUUAAUCAUAACCUUGUAUUUGAGGAGUGUUUUGUUUGUGUUGCUUUUUUUUAUUAGACAUGCCACAGCAGACUAAAUGCAUGUGUCGGUACAUUGUAUUUUAACUGAGCCAAUGCAAAGCAUGCAAGCGACUGAAAAAGUGUGUCUAUUCCUUUGGCCCUUAGAUGGUUCACUCCAUCUAAUGUAGUCCAAAUACCUUUUGUUUCAGGUUCUGUUCAUGUAAACCAGCGUAAUGCCUGGAUCGUGUGUCAGCGCAUUUUCAUUCCUCACACUAAUUGUCAAAUUCUACGAAACCUGUUAGAACCUGUCUUUUCUUUCAUACAAACAUUGUAUUCUAUUCUAUUUGAAAGCCAUUUUUCUAAACUUGCUCUAAAGCAUGCUCUAAACUAUUAAUGCUAAAUCAUCAUUACAAGUUAACUGUCAGCUUUUUCAAGAGCUAAAUUGUAUGUUUCUAAAUCAGUUAAUUAUAUGUGAAAUUCCAUGCUAAUAAUCCGCAUUAAUGACCUCAGUCUUCUGACAAAUUUGUCUCGUGGAUGUGAUCUGAAAGAGUAUGUAUAAUUCCAUAAUGAAAAGUCCAUUGUUUUUAGUUCCAUUCUUAGUGUUCAGGCAAAUUUACAUAUGAAUUACAAACAGUAUCAACAUGCAAUUAAGUGUAUUUCUUAUAAUAUAACAUUUGGUGUUGAUCGCAGAGGGGCCCCUGAUUUAUUUAUGCCUCCUAAUAAACAGUUUGCAUUACUGGCUCUGAAAUUCAUGUCACAAGAUUGUUGGUGUCAGUUUUAUUGAACUAAAGCUAACUUCAUUUGUCAAUAAACUAAUUUGUAAAUACCUAAUAAAUGUGUUAAUUAAUGAAAAUAGUUUAUUGUUGGGUGUUUCUUUAACUUCGGCACUUACAGCACUGUGAACCUCUAGAAAAUGUUUUACACUCUCACUCAUUUUUUUUUUCUUUUCUUUUCUACAAUGUCCAACAGUGUAUGUGCAUGCUCAUUAAAAAGUAUUCUGCUUGA